UUUCAAUUUAUGUCUCGUCGGCGGGAAGAUCGCUAUUGUUUUGGUUGGCUUGAAAAAAUUCGAAUUUUCAAAUGCAUCCUAAUGCAGCCGAACAACAUGUGGAAAGGCGUUUAUGCGGAAUGGGGGACAAUAAACUGAGGACCCCUUACCGAAAAAUGACGAAUGCGUAUUUGCUGAAGUUUGCCCAAAAGAUUAACUGUGAACUUGUAGAGAAUUCACUUCUGUGCUCUCCUUGUUAUGCAACUCUUGUGAAAAUAUAUAACAUAAAGAAUGCAAAUGCCAUACGGCAUAAAAGGAAUAGAGAGGAGAGCAUUUCGGAUGUCAGUAGCAGUCAGAAGACAAAUUCCUCUUUAGAUAAAAGCCACGAAGUGCCGAGGAUCGCGACUCCUAAUGCUGUCUCCAAUCAGCCGGUGACAUCGUGCUCCGAUUCUAGCUCCGAACAUCCUGUGCUGAAUUCAUCGAUGACCUCGUCAGAUGAUAGACCCACGACGAGUGCUGCGGCUGCCCAGAAGCGUCAGAAUAAGGAAGCAAACACUGGCAUGGCACCACAGCCAAAAAGGACACCUCUUACAAUUCCAACCCCGAACUCGACAACAGAUAGCGAUGACUACGAUGCGAACUCCAAUCUGAGUCUAAACGCAGUGAAUGGCACUCGCCUGCCACACAUUCAGCCGAUACCGAAGAGGCGCAGGUAUGUUCCACUAAACAAGGUGGCCAUGGACAUAUAUCUGGCUGGAAACACGGGAGGAUAACCUGUUUCUUAAAAGAAUUUAAGAUUAUUCUUUGUAAGAAAGCUUAAGCAAUUUAAGUUCUAUUUCUCAAUGGCAUCUAAAGGUUUUGAUUAGCAUUCUGUCAAAGAAAGUUAACGUGAAAUCAAAUUUUCCUAUACCAUAUUUUUUGCAUACCAUGUUUAUUUACUUAUUUCAAAAUAAGUUCAUAGAACAAUUAAAUACUGGUCAGCAAGGGCAAAAUGCAAUGAAUGAAUGCAUUCAAAUGAAUUACAUUUAAUUUUGUUAAAUUUGUUAUAUUAGAAACAUUAAUAUAUUCGCUAAGACCCACUGAAGGAUAAUACAACGAAAAAUAAAUUUGUUAUAUGUUAUAUGUUAAUAAACUACUUUCCUUAUUUCAAAAUUUGUUUGUUUAU